GCAGGUCUGGGUACAGGUCGUGUUAAUGCACACGACUCGGGCAGUGAUAACGCACAGCUGGUUGAUCACAACUGGUCAGAAGUAAGAGAGAAGGCUCCUCCACAUCCGACCUCAGCCAUCUCCCGAGUCCCCGCUUCCUCCGGGCCAACCAGCUGCACCGGACUGUUGCAAACCAAAAGUCAUCAGGAAAUUCCCUGGAUAUGGUAACUCGUGACUGCAAACUCUAAUUAAUCAUCAACGCUGUAAUACGAUCCUGGCUCCACGAUAAGAGGACCUGCCGAAUAUCUUUGAGAAACCUGUCCCCUGGCCUUCUUCAGACUCAGGGACCCACACCUGAGGAGCCCAGGCGGAUGGGGUCCCAGAUCUGCCCUCAGGCUGAUGCUGAGCCUCCCCGAGAGGCGCUCCGCUUCCACGCCCAGGCGGUGGGCACACAGGUGCGCCUGGAUGCUCAGCGGAGCAUCGCGUGCAGGCGCGCCACGUUCCACGACGGCAUCGUGUUCAGCCAGCGGCCAGUGCGGCCGGGGGAGCGCGUGGCGCUGCGCUUGCUGCUGCAGGAGCGCGGCUGGUGGGGCGGCCUCCGCGUGGGCUUCACGCGCCUGGACCCCGCGCGCGUGCCUGCGCCCAGCCUGCCGCCCUUCUUGUGCCCGGACCUGGAGCAGCAGAGUCACACCUGGGCGGCCAUGCUGCCUGACGGCCGCGCGAGGCCAGGCGACGUGGUGCGCUUCUGGGUGAACCGCCGGGGCCAGAUCUUCGCCCAGGUCAACUCGGGGCCCCGGCGGCUGCUGCGCGAGGGCGUGCUCAUGGGCGCCCCGCUCUGGGCCGUGAUGGACGUGUACGGGACCACCAAGGCCAUCGAGCUGCUAGAUCCUACAGCCAACAGCUUCCCCACAACCAUGCCAAGGGGCCUCCGUGAUGAGACUCUGCCUGGGCCCAAAGCCCUAGCAGAAGAGUGUGCCAUCUGCUCCCACCAGGCUGCCAACACCUGCCUAGUUCCCUGCGGCCACACACACUUCUGCAGCUCCUGUGCCUGGAGGGUCUUCAGGGACACGGCCAGAUGCCCCGUGUGUCGCUGGGAGAUCAAGGCGGUGGCCCCAACUUGGGACCCUCUCUUUCUGGGUGCUGGAGAGGGCCUCCUGGUAUAGGUGCAGAGCUCUGAGCCCGGCCCCUGCCGACGGAGGAGGUGCAGCUCUGCCAUCCUUCUGGAGAAGAGUCGGCAAUGCUGGUCAGCAGCAGGUGUGGUGGAGAGACAGCUCAAGGUCACAAUGGCUCUACUCCUCCUCAGCAGGUUGGGGCCAGAGGAGCCAGGAGACGCCCCUUUCUGCCCACACCAGAACUGCCUCCCUGGCUGGAGAAGGUGGCUAGCAAUGGGCCAGCCAGGAUCUCGCCCCUCUGCUUAGUCCCAGGUUCAUUGCUAUGUGGCAAGGCUUUUAACUAGCCUUGGGGUUCAGCCACCAUGGACCUAGCAACCCGUGGUACACCUAAGUCCCGGGAGUUCCAAGAAGCUGUGUCAGUGAGAAGGGCCUUUGUGUAGAGAGGGCGGCUUGACCCCUGCUUUUAUGACUGAGGAAGUUAAGAUAUAUGUGCGUGUCUGGUGAAGCCUUGCCCACUCAGGGUAUUGAGGAGCCUGGACCAGAUGCAGGGAGCAGCUGGGUGGAAUUUUUUUUGUAUAGUUGAUGUACAAUAUUGUAAAAGUCACUGAUGUCCUAUUGAGUCAUAAUUGUUAAAGGCUAUGCUCCAUUUGUCAUUAUUAUAAGACUAUUGGCUAUAUUCCCCUGUGGCGCAGUGCAUCCUUGUAGCUUAUUUUAUAUCUAGCAGUUUGCACCUCUCAAUCCCCUCCCCCUACAUUGCCUCUCCCCCGUUCCCUCUCCCCACUAGCAACCCCACAUUGUGGUGUGCUCCUGAGGGGAGGGGAGCUCAGGGCCUUGCUACUCUGAUAUCUCGGCUUCUGUCUACCUGGCAGAAUGUUCAUAGUCUGUAGGGAAGCCAGGUCAUCUACAAGUCCUCUGCAGGACUUCCCUAGUCGUCCAGUGGUUAAGAAUCUGCCUGCCCAUGCAGGGGACACCAGUUUGAUCCCUGGUUUGGGAAUUAAGAUCCCACAUGCCGUGGGACCACUUAGCCCUUGGACUGCGACUACUGAGCCUGCAUGUUCUAGAACCCAUGAGCCACAGCUGCUGAAGCCCAUGCACCCUAGAGCCCGUGCUCCACACAAGAGAAGCUACUGCAACAAGAAGCCUCUGCACCGCAACUAGAGAGUAGCCCCAACUCACGGCAAAUAGAGAAAGCCCGCUUGCUGCAGCCAAGAGCCCGUGCCCUGCGACAAAGCCCCGGCGCAGCCAUAAACAUACAAGCAAACAGAUAAACAGAAACUAACUAGAAACAAGUCCUCUGUAAAGGGGAUGCGCAGUCAGCUGCCCCACCUUCCUGGCCCAGCAGUCAUGAGAUCCCAGCAAAACUGUGCAUCUGAAGUCGAGCGGACCCUUCAGAGUGCACUGUUGUCGUGCUUAGUGCCUUGCGAUUUCUGAGAUAUCAAAAUAAAGCUUGUCUCUCGUGAGUGA